UUCUGGAUUUCUUUCUGCUGUGCGCGGAGUGGUUUCAGUUUCGCCGCAGUGACUAUUUUAUAUAGAUCUUUUCUUAUUUCAUUAGUUACUUAGUGAGUGGCUGAACAAGUACAAAAAUGGCUCAGGCUUUAAAGAAAUUAUCCGUUCAAGUGCUGAAAAAUAACAAUGUGGACCAAAUAAUUGGAUGUUCUGCGUUACGUGCCAGCAGCACAUGGUGGUGCAAUGUGGAGAUGGGCCCCCCUGACGUGAUCCUCGGCAUCUCCGAGGCGUACAAAAAGGACACAAAUGAGAAGAAAGUCAACCUCGGUGUCGGAGCCUACAGAGAUGACAACGGCAAACCUUUCAUACUGCCAUCUGUUCAAAAGGCGGAAGAGGUGAUCUUCAAGAAGAAGCUGAACCACGAGUAUGCCCCCAUCGGUGGCGAGGCGGCGUACUGCCAGGCCGUGGCCGAACUCGCCUUCGGGUGCGACAGCGCCAUGCUGAAGGAGAAGAGGAACUGCACUGUGCAGACUCUCUCCGGGACCGGCGCCCUCCGUCUAGGCCUCGAGUUCAUCGCGAAGCACUACGCGAAGGUGCCCGAGGUCUGGAUGCCGGCACCCACUUGGGGCAACCACCCGCAGAUCUGCAACAUGCUGAAGCUGUCCCACAAGCAGUACCGCUACUACGAUGCGAAGACGCACGGGUUCGACUUGAAGGGCGCUUUGGAGGACAUUUGCAAAAUCCCGGAAGGAGCCAUCAUCCUGCUGCACGCGUGCGCCCACAACCCCACCGGCGUCGACCCCAAGCCUGAGGAAUGGGCGCAGCUCUCACAGGCCAUCAAGAACCGCAAGCUGUUCCCGUUCUUCGACAUGGCGUACCAGGGCUUCGCCACCGGCGACGUGGACCACGACGCGCUGGCUGUCCGCCGGUUCGUGCAGGACGGACACCAGGUCACGCUGGCGCAGAGCUUCGCCAAGAACAUGGGUCUAUACGGCGAGCGUGUCGGCGCUCUAACCUUCGACUGCGGCGACGCGGAGACGGCGGCCAAGGUGAUGUCGCAAGUGAAGAUCAUGAUCCGCACCAUGUACUCCAACCCGCCGCUGUACGGAGCACGCAUCGUCACAGAGAUACUGUCUGAUGCACAGCUCAAGCAGACUUGGCUAUGCGACGUGAAGCAGAUGGCGGACCGUAUCAUCGACAUGCGCCACCGGCUGCGCAGCGGCAUCGAGGGCGCCGGCAACAAGCAGCAGUGGUGCCACAUCACCGACCAGAUCGGCAUGUUCUGCUACACCGGGCUGAAGCCUGAACAGGUUGCCAAGUUGACCAAGGACUUCCACAUUUACCUGACCAAGGACGGCCGUAUCUCUGUCGCCGGAAUUUCGUCCAAGAACGUGAACUACGUCGCCGAAGCCAUGCACAAAGUGACGUCUUCCUAAGCCACUGACUAGAAUUUAAUAAGACCCGAGCAUAGAUCCGUCAAAUAGGGCUGGAGAGUUAACUAAUGAUUUCCUCGUUGCUGGAAAUGUGUCAAAUUCAUUAAAAUUUUCGCAUUUGAACUCAAAUAGCGUACCAAAAUAUAGUGGUACGGCUGCCGAGUCGAUACAUGUAUUGACUAACCUAUUAGAUUCAGGAACGAAAGAAUUGUAACUGCCGAGAGCUUAGGAUUAGCGCUGGGGUCAAGUACGCCAUAAAAUUGUUUAAAUGAACACAAACUUAUUAUUAUUAUGUACACUGUAUUAUGUACAUUGCGCACACUCACUUUCUGAGUUGUAUUUGUUUCUGUAUCGACUUUUUGAGUGUUACCAAAGCAAUAUGUAAUUUAGAUCUUAAGAAAAACGUUAUGAACGUCUAUAUUUUGGCAGAAUUAAAUAACAGUGAGAUUUUUCGGCACAUAGUGACACCUAUACCUAUAUCUUUUUCGAUUUAUGUUAUUUUUAAGCAUUUGUAGCAUUUAUUUAUGCAUGUGUCAUCUUUGUAUUGAGAUUUUAUGCUUUUUAUGAUUUAAUAUACGUAUUAUGUUUAUUAGUUAAAAAUAAAAACAUAGUUAUUAUA